AUGAAUACAAAACAACUUCAAAAUCAAUAUGUUCAACGGCGAUACCGAACAAAUCCGAAUGUUCAGCCAAAUUCACGCCGUCCUGAGAAACAAAAUGUUAAGCAAAGACAUCAGCAAACUAACUCCCAACUUGUUCAUCAAUUUAAUAUAUAUUGUGCUAGUCUACAUAGCACACCCAUCUAUGACUUCGACAUGUAUGAAGACAAAAAUCAUCGUUGCAAGAUGACAUUGUCAGUAUUUCCUAAUCUGCAAUCGGUUGGUACAGGUGGAACAACAAAAACUGAGGCAAAAGCCAAUGCGAUAAUCGCAUUUCUCGCUCAUUUGGAAAAACGAAAACAAGUUGGAUUGUUCGUGCCAUUUGUGAAUCCAAUUUUAUAUCGAAAUAUCCAAGCUGAAUUACGUCGAGCAACUUCAUCGACACCAGAUUUAAAUGUGAAUGUCAAUGAAUAUCUGUUAGCUGAUCGAAUUGUAUCAACACGACAAGUUAAAAAAGACGAAAAACUUAUUUACAUUAUUCAACGAAUCUGUGGCAUUCGUACUGUGACAUUAAACCAGUCAUCGACUAUGACAAUUGUUUAUUUCAUCGGACCUAAAUCUAAAGAGCAAUUAAUUCAACCCUAUACCAAAGCAUUAUUUCAACCUGAUAAUGAUCAAAUGUUUAAUUAUGGUGAAAAAUUAUUCGAUGUAUUUAGUGAUGACAAAUUUAUUGAUAGCGUUUGUCAACGUUUGAAAGUACUAUGUAAUAAUCAUCUUGAAGAAUGUAAACUAUUUAUUCGUGGAAGUUCUGUGAAUGUUCAAUUGUGCUACAAUGAAUUUGUUACGCUACGGCGUGAAUUUGAAAACGAAUAUCAUCGUCGGCGAAAAGUUUCAGGUCCGAACACAAAUGUAGGUGGAAAACCAUCUGGAAUAACAACUGCGACUGCACAAUUACAAUCAACACAUAUCGAUAAUAAUGAAAAAGCGUCGGAUACUGAGGAAAAGGACGACGAUCAAGUUCCGGAUUAUUCGACGUAUAAUGAUGAUGUAAAUACAUCGAUGUUGAAGGUGUUGAGACAGGAGGAAAACACCGAUGAACAAACAACAAAUGAUGCUACAACAAAAAACACAUCAUCAAUGCCAGCGAAAGAUUCACCCAUCGUCAUCGAAGUUUCAGACGAUUCAUCGGAAAGUACCGAUUUGCAAGUUCUUCAAAGUAUCAAACCUCCUGUUACGAAAAAACCAGAUCCAAAACUAUUACUUACCCUACCCGAAACUACAUUUCGAUCAAAUUCUGAAUCUCAGAUACCUCAGUUACCACCACCGCCACCACCAUUAAUGUCAUCAAUUUUAACACCAACUCUUCGCCAUGUGGUUUUAGAUGGACAAAAUGUCGGCCGAAAUUCAAAUGAUUAUUAUGGUGUCUUUUCCUGGUCUCGUUUAUGGAAUGCGAUCAAUUAUUUUAAAAACCGUGGUCAUGAAAAUAUAAUUGCUUUUCUCCCUAUGUACUACCGAGACCAUUCUAAUAAGAAUCUUUCUCCAAAUGAUGCUAAUCGUGAACGACAAUAUCGUGAUACGCUGAUCAAUUCACGAUAUAUUGCCUUCACACCUUCACGAUAUAACAAUGGACAACGCCUAACAAACUAUGAUGAUCGAUUUAUUCUACAAUAUGCUGCUGAUAACGACGGUAUUGUUGUUAGUAAUGAUAAUUUCCGUGAUCUUCAACGUGAAAAAGCUUUUCAAUUUGUGAUAAAUAAUCGAAUUCUACCAUUUGCAACCAUCAAUGAUACAUUCAUGCCUGCUACUGAUCCACUCGGUCGUAAUGGCCCACAUUUGGAUCAAUUUUUGACAAAGACAAGUCUGUGA